AGUCACAGGACCACCCUCCAGGUAGCACAGAAGGUUGCAUUUUUUACGUGGUUGAAGAAGAAUCCAGGAGCUCCCGUUAUUUUCAACAUCUUCUCGUUUACAUUUACAACUGUCGUCCCACAACUUCGUUUUUUCCCUCGUCUUUCUGAGCAUCAUUGUUAUUCCAGAAUCUUCGUUCACAACCCCAGCACUAGCAAGGAUGUUGACAGGACGGACGACUCUUAGCAGUUUUCGUUUGCUAGGGCGGCCGACAGAAGAUUCGUCCCGUCGUGGCGUCGCAAAAAGCCCUAGCUGCACUAGCAGAUUUAUUUCUGCUCCGCCACGGCUGCGCCUUGUACGGAAAGGCUCGCGUUAUUUUUGCCAGCUCUGCUGUUGGUUAUGCAGCUCCACCUUUCAUCCGGGCGGCUUUUCCUUCGCGGCGCACGUCGUAAAACGAGGGACAGAGGACCACGAGGUGGACACCGGUAAAAAUCCAGGAGUAGAACCGGAGCACGGAGUUGUAUCCAGUUUUGUACACGAAUCCUACUUCGUGCCGCCCGGGUCGGAACGCGAAGCAGCAAACUCGGGGGGCGCAAGCUGCGGCGAAGGUGGUUGUGGUGGGGGGCCAGCCGAAACGACCGAAGACGACCAGAUGGGAGGAGGUGCCGGGACCGGAAUCGCUCCUGGGCUUUUGACGGCGUCGAAAUCUGCACUCAGUCCUCCAGACAUUCCACACAUGGAAAAGUUGUACCCACUCGGUAAAGUGGACGACAUCAUGCGAGGCGUCGACGUGGACAGAGGCAUCUUUAUGGGAUAUGUGGAACCUGGUGACGCCCAUAUUAUGUCUAGUGCAAAUAAUAUGUCUGGAUCUGGAACAAGAAUGCACUUGUUUGGCAUGCAUCGUUUCGAUCACGUUCGCGCCAAUGGUCGUCUCCAUUGCACGCAGCAGCAUUACAGAUUUUGCGCUGGCAUCUGGAUGCCUAGCUUGCUUGAGCAGUUCUCUAUUUGCAUAGCAAGAAGUGGGCAGCGCUCAUGCAAUACAAAUUGUUCUUUAUCUUUUUGCCUAUUGCUAUUCCAGCAUCCGCGUUACAAGUAGCAACCUUCCAGACUUCUGCUCAGACAUAUUUGCAAUGCAUAUCCGAAGACCUGACCUGCACGCCGCGCGAGCUGGUGUACGAAAAAACCGAAACCCAUCGGUGCCAUGGGUCGACCAUGAAAUUCCGACGAAAGCCGAACAAGGAGGAGUGUGGCCCUAAACAAGAUUGCGACGGACCCGGAGAAUGGGGCAAGGAGUUGAAAGUCUAUCCAAGAAGGAAAAAAAGUGAUAACGCGCUACAGUAUACACAUUUGUUGGACAAUGAAUCAGCAGCGCAAACUUGAUGCCCGGCAUGUUGACAGAGGAAACUUGCAAUGCAGAGACCAUAAGGGAAACACGUACAAAACAGGGCUCCUAUUAUGCGUAUCCGGCAUCGACGAUGACAGAUCAUGUCUGUCUUGCUUGGUCUGCUGCAACUGCAGCACAAUGAUGUGUAAGAACUGUAACAGCACUUUCACUUGUUUCUCGCGAUAAAGUCAUUUUUUUCGUCAGGCCGGGCGCCGAAAGAACCGCAGAAGCUGACUUCUUGUACAAGAAAACGGACCUCGGUUGGGAUGAGACGGACACAAAGGCAGACAUUGAGUACAAAUGCGAUGAUAUCCUGUGUAAAAAUGAUAUCGUCCUCGUACUUCUAUUUCUAAUUGUAGUUGUCAUGCUUUAGCUUUACCCUUCUAUCCAAAUUUAAUUACAAAUGCGAAAAAUUGUAAUUUCGUUUUUCAUGCUGAGGGAAUUUGUCAUGCGAUUUUAAUUUCCACUUUGUAGUACGAUGCGGAUUAUACUUUUGCUAUUCAUACAUGACUACAACCCGGGUUUGGAAGGGGAAGACGGCAAGUUAUGGACGCGUCUGGAUCGAAUAAAUUGACAAAGUUGAUGAAGAUGACGGGAUUAUAUUUUACCAGGCCUAAAAUGGAUACCGAAUGGAUCCCAGUUUCGUCCAAGUGGCGCAUGACAGAUUUUGCCAGCAUCGAUAUCCAUCUAGUAUGCGAGCUUUCCAUGGGCUCGCUGUUGUCGGACUCGCCCCUGCGGUCGGCCCCGCUUUCGAAAUCGAAAAAGCCGCUGGCAAUGCGUUAGAAGUGCAGCCCGGCAGCUGCGCUGUUAAAUGCGAUGAAAAAGCCGCGGCCGUGGGCCCUUCGGGGGCCCGCGCUGGUGCGCUUGGCUGCGUUGCCCGCAGGCUGCUCCGCCUUAGACGCCUAUUAUAUAUACUAUCGCCAUGCUGUUUGGACACCAGGGAAGACAGUUUUUGUAAUGCUACUUUAGCUGCUCCGUCCAUAUGCAUAUCACUCUCGUCAGGCCCGCCCGAAGAACAGGCUUACAAUCAGCCCCACUUGUGGCCAUCCAUGCAAGACAGGCCCUCUGUGCCUCGCGUUUUUAUGCAUUGCAGAUUAUUUCAACUUUGCCGAUCGCGGUCCUGAUGCUAGUACUUCCAUACGCUUAUUAUGGAAAGCCCACACUCAACUUCUUUGAGUGUCGUUUCCCUAGAAAGCCAGAUGACGAAAUGUGUUACGAUGCUCAUGAUUGGUUUAAUGCGGACCACGAGACGCAGAUAUGCUCUGCAAAAGUGUCGUACUCGUACUAAUUGCAAUCAUACAUGACAAAUCACGUUUCUUAGCCAAACGCGCAUUACCUUCUGAACAAAUUUGCAAUGCCAUUUGUACUAAGUACGAUACUUAAUUUGCAAUGCAUAGAAGGCCCGUGACAAUUUUUUCGCCGGAUCAGACAACGACUACCUCCGCAUCGUGUGGUUGCC